AUGGACUUGGUCAGAACUGUUUUGGUGACUGGUGGUUCUGGAUUUAUUGGGUCUCACCUUGUGUGUUCCCUGGUGCAAAGGCAUCCCGAAUGGAAAAUUUAUAACUUGGAUAACUUGGAUUACUGCUGCAGCCCAAGGAGUCUGGAGAGCAUUGAAAACAGAGCAAAUUACACUUUUAUCAAGGGGGAUAUCUGUAACUCCCAGCUGGUCAACCACAUCUUCAACACAGAAAAUAUUGAUGUGGUCUUUCACUUGGCUGCCAAAACCCACGUUGAUUCAUCAUUCAAAAGCCCAUCUACAUUCCAGCAUGUAAACACUGAGGGAACCAGAGUUUUGCUGGCGGCUGCUAGCCAGACCUGCCAUCAGCUUCACCGCUUCAUCUAUGCUAGCACCGAUGAAGUGUACGGAUCUAGUCUGGAUGAGGUGUUUGAUGAAAACUGUCCUAUGAGGCCUUCCAACCCAUAUGCUGCCUCAAAGGCAGCUGCAGAGUGCCUGGUUAAGUUGUACUGGGACAAAUAUAAGCUUCCUAUCAUCAUCACCAGGAGUAACAACAUCUAUGGUCCACAGCAAUACACUGAGAAGGUUAUCCCCAAGUUUAUCACCCUUUUGCAAAAGAACAAGAAAUGUACCAUUCAGGGAACCAUCCCCAAAUCUCGCAAUUUCCUGUUCAUCGAUGAUGCAGUCAAUGCUUUCCUCCUGCUUUUGGAAAAAGGAACUGUGGGAGAAGUUUACAACAUGGGGUCAAACUGUGAGAUCGGCAUAGUGCCACUAGCCAGGGAACUCAUAAAGAUGGUACAGAACGUGCCAGAUGAUGAGCUGAACGUCUGGCUUGAGUUUGUGCCUGACAGACCAAAGGUCGACAUCCGUUACCCCAUCAACAGUGAGAAGCUGCAGAUGUUGGGCUGGAAGGCCGAGGUUUCCUGGAGUGAUGGCAUCAAACAGACUGUCAAAUGGUAUCAGGACCACACAGACUUUUGGUCAGACACAUCAGAUGGCCCAAAAACAAUUGAAAGUGGGUUUGAAACUGCUUUCUAA